UUUGGGUUCAAGCCAUCGACAUGUCGCGGCCACCCUCUGCGCUGCGUGCAAGCGGCGAAAGCCUGGUGAGGACGCCGCGAACUUCGCGUCCUGAUCCGAGCAAUGGGAGCCUCAAUGCGACCCAGGAGUCCUGCAUGUCGAUCAACGAGAUGGAAGCCAGGCUCUUGCCCAGGCCUGCCAAAGGCGGCCGCGGUGGAGGGCCCAUGUCCCCCAGAAGGCUCCUCGAAGAGAACAAGCAACUGAUCGAGGAGAAGAAAGAGCAGAAGGCCAUGCAGAGGAAGAACAGCCGGGAGAUGGUGCAGAGGCUCAUCGAGGAGGAUCGCAUGAAGAGCGAAGGCCUCAAGGCCUCAGUGCAAAGCCGGCGCGCCACUCUGCGAGAGCUGGCGAACCAGUACAAAGCCAAGAUCAGUGAGAAGGAGGAGACGAGAGCUGCCACCAGAGCUGCAGCUUCUCAAGGACAGGCGGCGAGCUUCUUUCCCUUUGUGGAAGGUGAGACCAUCGCCAAGGGCCGAGCGGCGAAGAGCGCCGUGCUGCGUGAGGAGAUGCAAGGAUUUCUGCAGCAGCAGCGCCAGCAGAAGCCGCCCCGCAACGAUCCUUUGAUCCAGGACACCCGCGUGGACAACCAGCUGCUCUACCCCGUGCAGCCCAAGUCGACUCCCCGCAAGACGACCCCAGCGACGACCCCCCGCGAGCCGCCGCCGCCGGAGCUGGGAGCGAAGGAGCAGACGUGCCAGGAGGAGAUCCCCGAAUCGGAGAUGAAGCUGGUGGACGAGACCUGCCCCCAUAUGCAGCAGCACCCGGUGUUCUUGACCAAGGCCCGCGAUCAUAGGUCCCGGCGGCUCUAUGAUGACCACGUGCGCCGCGCGCUGGAAGAGAAGGUGGAGCAGACGAAGAUGGAGCUGGCACACAUGGCGCAGAAGCGCAAGGAGGAGGUCCAACAGCUGGAGGACUCCAUGCUGGUGGCUGAUGCCCUGCGGCAUGAUGGCACAACGGCUCGCGCGGAUGCUCGGAGGCGUCAUGCGAUGUUUCUCAAGGAGCAGAUUGAAGAGCAGCAGAGACGGAAGAAGGAGGAGAAGGCCAGCAAGCUCCAGGAGGCAGCAGGCUACUGGGGCCCCGAGGAGAAGCCGGCGCACACUGUGGACUCCCAUCGCUCCCAUUGCAAUGACCUCAUGAAGCAGAUCGAGGUGGAUCAAAACCGGCGCGUGGUGGAUCGCAGCAUGCGGCUCCGCCAGGAGAAGCAGAUCGUCAACAACUGUUUGGCGCAGAUGGAAGUGGACAGGGAGCUGGAGCGCCAGAAGCUGGCCCAGCACCGGGAGGUGUUGGUGACCACCUGGCAGAGCCAGCAACAGCUGCGCCAGGCUAUGAAAAGCAUCGACGGCAUCUGAUGUCCGAGGCGGGGUCGCAGGGUGCGGCUUUGUGCCGUUCAGAACAGCACU